AUGGUGUCGGGCAGACUGCAAUUUGUGUACCAGUUGCCGGUUAUCAGACGUUGGGGGAGCGGGGUGGUGGGAGGGGUUGGAGGGAAAGCUGGAUGCUGGUGGCUGGCCGCCCCUACAUUCACGUCCCGACAUUCGGCGCGAUCGCUCGCGUCCUCGCGCCGCGUUCCCAACGACGUAUUUAAUUCGCGUUUCGCUUUAUUUACCACCUACCUCUGCAUCUAUUUGUUGCCGAUCGCGCCUAAGUGGACUGUGAAGAUAAGUAUUAAA